GACUCCGCCGGCGCCCGCCCCGCCCCGCGCGCUCGCGGCCCCCCGGGGCGGCCGCCGGGAGAGAUGCUGCAAGAAACUUCUUAAAUGACCGCGUCCGGCCGGCCGUGGAGCGUUUCUGGGUUGGGGAGAGGAAAGGAAAGUGGAAAAAAACUGAGAACUUCCUGAUCUCUCUCGCUGUGAGACAUGUCUGAGACUCCUGCUCAGUGUAGCAUUAAGGUUAUUCUUUGCAUGAGCCCUGAAAUGCUUCAGAAGGAAAGGAAUUAUUGAUUCUCAGAUGGAGCAUGAGGGGACAAGGAGAUAACUGUUGAUGUGGCAGAUAAUUCCCUGCGAUGAAGGGAAAAAUGAAACACUGGAGAUUUUUGGUGGUGGUAGCUGUGUCAUGAGAUAGCAGGAACGGAUUUCAUAUACACCCCCCGAGAGCCCGGUGCCCAGUUACACUUCCUCGACGCCGCUUCAUGUGCCAGUGCCCCGAGCGCUCAGGAUGGAGGAAGACUCGAUCCGCCUGCCCGCACACCUGCGCUUGCAGCCAAUGUACUGGAGCAGAGAUGACGUAGCCCAGUGGCUCAAAUGGGCUGAAAAUGAGUUUUCUCUAAGGCCAAUUGACAGCAACACGUUUGAGAUGAAUGGCAAAGCUCUCCUGCUCCUGACCAAAGAGGACUUUCGCUACCGGUCUCCUCAUUCAGGUGAUGUGCUCUAUGAACUCCUUCAGCAUAUUCUGAAGCAGAGGAAACCUCGGAUUCUUUUCUCACCGUUCUUCCACCCCGGAAACUCGAUACACACGCAGCCGGAAGUCAUCCUGCAUCAGAACCACGAAGAAGAUAACUGUGUCCAGAGGACCCCGAGGCCGUCGGUGGAGAAUGUACACCACAACCCUCCCACCAUUGAACUGUUGCACCGUUCCAGGUCACCCAUCACGACAAACCACCGGCCUUCUCCCGACCCCGAGCAGCGGCCCCUCCGGUCCCCCCUGGACAACAUGAUCCGCCGCCUCUCCCCGGCCGAGAGGGCCCAGGGACCGAGGCUCCACCAGGAGAACAACCACCAGGAGUCCUACCCCCUGUCAGUGUCUCCCAUGGAGAAUAAUCACUGCCCGCCAUCCUCCGAGCCCCACCAGAAGCCCACCAGCCCCCGGCAGGAGAGCACGCGGGUGAUCCAGCUGAUGCCCAGUCCCAUCAUGCACCCUCUGAUUCUGAACCCCCGGCACUCCGUGGAUUUCAAGCAGUCCCGGCUCUCCGAGGACGGGCUGCACCGGGAAGGGAAACCCAUCAACCUCUCCCAUCGGGAAGACCUGGCGUACAUGAACCACAUCAUGGUCUCCGUCUCCCCGCCCGAGGAGCACGCCAUGCCCAUCGGGAGGAUAGCAGACUGUAGACUGCUUUGGGAUUACGUCUAUCAGUUGCUUUCUGACAGCCGGUACGAAAACUUCAUCCGAUGGGAGGACAAAGAAUCCAAAAUAUUCCGGAUAGUGGAUCCCAAUGGACUGGCUCGACUGUGGGGAAACCAUAAGAACAGAACAAACAUGACCUAUGAGAAAAUGUCCAGAGCCCUGCGCCACUACUACAAACUAAACAUUAUCAGGAAGGAGCCAGGACAAAGGCUUUUGUUCAGGUUUAUGAAAACCCCGGAUGAAAUCAUGAGUGGCCGAACAGACCGUCUGGAGCAUCUUGAGUCCCAGGAGCUGGAUGAACAAAUAUACCAAGAAGAUGAGUGUUGAAGGAACCAGCCCCCGGGGCUCAGCGGGCCGGUAGCCAAGGGCGCCCUGCCCGCCAGGAUGGCUGGGGCGUGAUGGAGCGGAAGGGAAGAGACCCGGACGUGGCAGUGACACUUCUCUCGCCCAGCGUGAGGGACCCUGGAGCACCUUAGACAAACCACUCAGCAAAGGCGGCGCUGGAAUUCUGGCCAAGGGCACCAGCCUGGGACUCAUGUUCACGGUUCCUUCUCGUUUGGAACCUCUGUCUGUAAUUCCUCCCCCACCCCGUUCCACCUAUUGUUAAGUUUCAUGGUGUUUUUGUUUUUGUUCUUUUUUAAGACCAUGCAGUUUGACUUUUCAUCAUUCAUAUAGGGGAAGACAUCGAGGUUGUUUUCCUAUGGAAAUAUAUAUCUAUUAUAUAUAUAUAUAUAUAUUUUUUGCAAAUCUCACAAAGUGCAGAAGCCCAACUGGUCAGGAGAGAGAACACUUGCAAAAGGGUUCAGGUUCCUCUUGAUCCUGCCACGUGGAUCAAGUUUGUUCCUGUUGCUGUUGGGUCUUGGCUGGAAAAAAAAAAAGAAAAAGAAAAAAAAAGAUGCUUUUAAAAAAGAUAAAGUGAAAAGGAGAGCUCUCUUCUUCUCUCUCUGGCUCUCUUUCCUUCCCUGCCCCGUCCCGUCCCGUCCUCCCUCCUCGCCUGCUGUUGAACUUCAGGUGCCUUUCAGCAGAGUUCAGCCUCUUUGGAGAGUCUUGGGAAUUGUUGGCACCUAAACGGAAUCAGUGGUCUGGGUGCUUUAUAGCCGGCACCACAGAAAUCAAACCCACAUCCCAGCAUUUGGCUACCUAUCGGAGGGAGGCCAAAACAUCACAGAGGCUGCUGCCUUCCGGAAAGGUGAAUGCUAGUCCGGCAGGCUUCCCCUGACACAGCUGUGAGAACCGCGGGGCUUGGUGGUUCCACAGAAUGUAAGAUAAGCCUGGAAGGCUGUCCAGGUUAUUUGGAAGCCCCAGCAUCUUGGGAUUAGUUUGCAAGUGCUGCGAAGUGGGAAAAAAAUGGAAAAAAACCACACAGGCCUGAUGGUCCAGGUGACAGAUCUUCUGCAGUGGGGUAUGAAUUAUUCCAAAGUAGGUUGUGGAGGGUUAUCUCUGCUCCAUCCCAAAGGCCAUCGUGCCGUCAGUUUCAUACCCUCACCUAAAAUUUUUUCAAUUCCCAGCCUUUUUUUUUUUUUUUUUUUUUUAAAAAGCUUCCUGGUCCCCGCAGGACACAGGGCAUUUGAGAGGGAGGAUCCCGGAGUGCGUAGUCUCAGUUGUUACUGGUGUUUGCCACGCCUGGGCAGAUGGGAAAUUCCUCAGAUACCUUACUUUUCCCCUCUUCUUUCCUAGCUGUGUUUCCGAAUGGACCCAUGUGUGGCUCUUUUUCACCUCAAAAUAAGGUCAAUAGUAUCUUAUAAAGUGAGGAAGGUGCCACCCCUUAGUACUUUUGAUGAUAACAUAUUUUUAGAAAGCUGUUGCAGUUUUGGGGGGGGGGGGGUUCCUUUUCAAUAGCCGUCUAAAUCAACUCUUCCAAUACAGGCUCGGAAUCCAACAUUAGGAGUACAGUCUUCUUUUACUCACGAAGAUUAGACCCCCCUUGCAGGGCACCCCGUCCUUGUUUCUCUCCGCUUCCUCCGCUCAGUUGGGUGAGCAUCUCGUGGUCCCCCGGGUACGUGUCUGCACUGUCGCCAGAACUUCCAUGUGAAGCCACCAGAUGCCCAGGCGUGUCCUCAGGCCAUUUCCAAGUG